UUAUAGGAAUAGCGAAUAGCCCCUCCAUAUGGAAGACUGCAAGUUUACAAGGAAAGUUCAGCCUAGAAAAUGCGCGCCAAAUAAACUAAACUUCCCACCGCCAUAACCACAACCACAAUCCCAUCACUUUUCUUCUGAUAUAAACCCUCAAAAAAACCCUUGAUUGUCUUUCCAUUCCUCUUCAAUCUUUCAAUCUAAACAUUAUUACUUAAAAAUUUUCAAUCUUAAAAGCAAUAAUUUCACCAUUAAAAUGGGAAAACAAAAACAAGAAGUAAUUUCUAAGUUUUUUGCACCAAAACCCAAAAUCCAUUCAUCACCUGCUCCUCAAAAUGACAAUAAACCCUCACAUUCUCGUUCUUCUCCCUCAAAAAUUAUCACUAAAGUAUCAUUUACCCCUGAAAAACGCCUUAAAUCCCUUGAAUUUCUAUCCCCAAAUGAUAAUUCUUCAAAAAGAUCUAAUCUUUCCCCUCAUACUGAAAAUCCCAUGAAUAAUUCUUCAAAAAGACUCAAAUUUUCCUUUAAUUCUCAUAACCCUAUUUCUUCUUUUCCUAAUUCAAAUCCGACCCUUCACCAGAAAUUCCUUCAGAAGCUUCUUGAACCUUCUGAUGAUGUUUUAGAAGCUUCAAUGAAGGGGCAAACUUUGAAAGAAUCCCAUAUAGUGAAUCCAAAGUAUACCCCACUUGAGCAACAAGUAGUGGAGCUUAAGAAUAAAUACCCUGAUGUUUUGUUAAUGAUUGAAGUUGGAUAUAAGUAUAGGUUUUUUGGUAAAGAUGCUGAAACUGCUGCUAGGGUUUUAGGAAUUUAUUCUCAUGUUGAUCAUAAUUUUUUGACUGCUAGUAUACCCACAUUUAGGUUACAUGUUCAUGUUAGGAGACUUGUUAGUGAAGGGUAUAAAGUGGGUGUAGUUAAGCAAACUGAAACUGCAUCCAUCAAGGCCCAUGGGUCAAACCGUGGUGGCCCAUUUACCCGUGGGUUGUCAGCAUUGUACACGAAAGCCACGAUUGAGGCGGUUGAUGAUUUAGGGGGUGGUGAAGAGGGUUGUAGCUCAUUGAAUAAUUAUUUGUUUUGUGUGGUUGAGAAUGAUGUUUUAAGUGAAAAUGUGAAUUGUGGUAUUGAAAGCGGUUUCGAAGUGAAAAUUGGUGUUGUUGCUGUUGAAACUUCAACUGGGGAUGUUGUGUAUGGAGAAUUUAAUGAUGGUUUGAUGAGGAAUGGGCUUGAAGCUAUGCUUUUGAGUUUGUCUCCUGCUGAGUUGCUUCUAGGGGACCCUUUAUCUAAAAGAACACAAAAGUUGCUAUUGAACUAUGCUGGGCCUGCAUCUAAUGUGCGUGUGGAGCGUGCGUCGUGUGAUUGCUUUAAAGAUGGUGGCGCAUUGGCUGAACUAAUGUCUUUGUUUGAGAACAAAAGUGCAGAUGAGGGUUUACAAGAUAAUGAGGGAGAAACCACUGGUGAAGGAUACGAGCCUGCAAUUAAGGGGAUCAUGGAUAUGCCAGCAUUGGCUGUGCAGGCUUUGGCUAUUACUGUGCGGCAUCUCAAACAAUUUGGUCUAGAGAGGGUUUUUUCUUUAGGAGCUUCAUUUCGUCCGUACUCUAGUAACAUUGAGAUGAAUCUUUCUGCUAACACACUUCAACAACUUGAGCUUUUGAAGAACAACAGCAAUGGUUUAGAGUCUGGUUCGUUGCUGCAGACUAUGAAUCAUACAAUUACCACAUUCGGCCAAAGGCUUUUAAGGCAUUGGGUAACUCAUCCAUUAUGUGACAGACACAUGAUAGCUGCUCGGCUUGAUGCUGUUGCUGAGAUUGCGGAUGCUAUGGGUGGUUGUAGCAUUGCUGAUGCUGCAAAUGUUCCGAGUGAUAUCAGUUUUGUGCUUUCUUCAGUUCUAACGACGUUGACACAGUCCCCUGACGUGCAACGUGGAAUAACGAGAAUUUAUCACAAGACAGCUACCCCAUUGGAGUUCAUUGCUGUUGUCCAUGGCAUCAUACUAGCUGCAAAGCAACUUCAACAACUUGGAAUCGAAACAAUUCAGUCUGCUUUGUUGAGAAAUUUGAUUCAGACUGCCGCUUCAUCCAACCUGAUAAACUGUGCUGCCAAAUUUUUGUUGUCCUUAAAUAAAGAGGCAGCUGAGAAGGGAGAUCUAUUGAAUCUUAUUUGCGUUGCAGAUGGAAAAUUUUCCGAGGUUGAUGAAGCUCGAAAGAAGGUAGAAGCGGUUAGGGAAGAGUUGGAAUCUCUCAUUAGUUUGUACCGCAAGCAACUUAAGAUGCACUCUUUGAAUUUCAUGAAUGUAUCUGGUACAACUCAUUUGAUAGAGUUGCCGUCAGAAGCUAGGGUGCCUUCAAACUGGGUGAAGGUGAAUAGCACGAAGAAAACAGUUCGCUAUCAUCCGCCCGAAGUUUUGACUGCAUUGGACCGAUUAUCAUUGGCGAAUGAAGAGCUAACUCUCGUCUGUCGUUCUGCAUGGGACAAAUUCUUGGGGGAAUUCUGUAGCCAUUACGCUGAAUUUCAAGCUGCUAUUCAAGCACUUGCUGCUUUAGAUUGUUUGCAUUCUCUAGCAGUUCUGUCUAGAACUAAGAAUUAUGUACGUCCAGUUUUUGUGGAUGAUAAGGAACCUGUUCAAAUACAGAUUAUCUCUGGUUGUCAUCCGGUUCUGGAGACUAUACUAGAAGACAGUUUUGUGCCAAAUGAUACUGAUCUUCACGGAGAUCGACAGUUCUGUCAGAUUAUUACUGGACCGAAUAUGGGUGGCAAGAGUUGCUAUAUCCGCCAAGUUGCUCUCAUUGCAAUAAUGGCUCAGGUUGGUUCUUUUGUACCUGCUUCCUCCGCUACACUACAGGUUCUGGAUGCUAUCCAUACCCGAAUGGGUGCUUCCGACAAUAUUCAGCAAGGAAGGAGCACCUUUCUGGAAGAACUUAGUGAGGCUUCGAACAUACUAAACAAGUGCACAUCCCGCUCUCUUGUGAUUAUGGACGAACUGGGGCGAGGCACGAGUACUCAUGAUGGGGUAGCUAUUGCCUAUGCUACUUUACACUAUGUUCUCAACCAAAAGAAGAGCAUGGUGCUAUUUGUCACUCACUACCCUAAAAUUGCUGAAAUUCAAAAAGAAUUUCCCGGUGCUGUGGGGACAUACCAUGUCUCAUAUUUGACAGUGGAAAAAAAAAAUUCUAGCCCAAAAUCUGAUCUAAAUGGUGACAAGAUGGACCAUGAAGAUGUUACGUAUCUUUACAAGCUUGUGCCGGGUAUAUCCCAAAGGAGCUUCGGUUUCAAGGUUGCUAAGCUUGCACAGCUUCCACCAUUAUGUAUUCAGCGAGCAAUUGAGAUGGCUUCGAAGUUAGAAACAUUGAUUCAAAAAAGAACAACAAACCGCUUAGGAGAUUCCCGAUUUUUCGAAGAAUUUUUGAAAAAUGAUGUAGGUGACACAUCAAAUAAUAUAUCAGAUCAUGCUGAUCUUUUGGAUGAAGAUGACAACAGAGGUGCGGCUCAAUUGACUAUUGCCUAUAUGAAGUUCUUUCGGAAUUUAUGGUCAAUCUUUGGUGAUAAUGACCUGGCAAAGAAACUUGAAAUUUUGAAGUGUGCUAGGAGUGCUGCAGCCGAGUUGAUUGCACGACAAGCACUGCGCUGAAGCUAGCGCUAUGGAGCAGCACCAGUAAGAAUGGUCGUUUACAACUGAGCGAGAUAUUCCUCGAAAUCUUUUGUUAUCCCCAUAUAUAUACUAUCAAAUACCUAUAGAAUUCUAAGUACAUGAAUGUAACAUUAUUAGUGGUCAGCUGCGGCCUGCAAGUAGGUAUGGAAUGCAACUGUGUAAAAUCACAUGAUUUUUUCUAACCGAGAUGAUUAGUUGAGCGUA